GUGGAUCAAUGUGUUUGAUUGGAUAUGAAUGAUGAAUGUGUUCAGAGAUUCCAGCUGAUUGUGUUCAUGAUGGAUCUGAAUCUUCUCACGCUCGUCAAAGUUUCACUCGUCGCGAUCUUCGGUCAUGUGUGUAUUUGACCUCUGAGGUGUGACUGAGGGUCUGACCCAUGUCAGGAAUGCAGUUAACAGUGCUUUCUCAUUUAGCCCGGCUCCCAGAGAACAGAUAUACAUACAUUGAACGCACUGAUGACGAGAGGUUUAUCAGCUACAGACAGCGAUGAGUUUACGUUCACACAGCGACCGCAACUCCAGUGCAACCACACCGUUCUGCAGCAGGAGAUGGAGAAGUGUGGAGAACGAUUCACGAGAGACAUGGAGCUCGUUCAUCCUCACGACAGAUGCAACCUCACACUCUUCAUAGGAGAGUAUCACGUGUUCUCCUUCUGUACGGAGAUGAACACCGAACGCAUCGGCUGCUUCUGGCCGAACCCUCUGGUGGAGCGUUUCAUCAUCCACAUCCACAAACACUUCUUCUCCAACUGUACACUGGAGCGCGUCAUUUACGUCGACCCACCCGACAACAUGCUCACCCUCCUCAUCCUCAUCCCUGUCUUCCUCACACUGGCCAUGGUGGUGCUCGUCGUCUGGUGCAGCAAAAGAGGCGACUUUCUGGCCUGAAGUCUGAAUGACUGAAAAACUCUUUCUGUUCAAACCGAUAACCGAAGUUCUAAUCAAUAAAUCUGUGGAAGUUUUGGCUGUUGAGCUCUUUAAUGGACCAGUGAAGAUCUUCAUCAAACUGAAGAUUCUUGACGAUACAGGAACAUUAAAUGUGCAACUGUCAGUGCAUCUACUGUAGAAGAUCCUUCAUGUUGUACUUUACGUCAAACGCUUCAGUUCUGCAUCGUGUGUUUCUGUGGAGCGUUUCAAUCAUUUGCGUUCAACUCGCUGUGUCGUUUCUGUGGCUCAUUGAAACUGAACUGCAGCAGCUCAAACCAAUAAUUCCUGUUUAAUCGUUAAUACACAAGUGUGAAUAUUCAUCAGGAUCUCGGGACUCUUUUGAGAUUAAUUGGAGAUUUCUGAAGUGGCAUUUUGGUAUUAUGGAUGUAUUGACCUGUGUACUGUACAGCAAUUAUUUAAUGUUUUAAUUAAAUAACUUAGAAAUAGACUAUUUGUCAAGUACACAUACACACACACACACACACACACACACACACACACACACACACUGUAGUGUUGUUAUUUGUUGAGUUUCAUCAUAAACAAUCAUGUGUAAACUGCUUUACAGAAAGUGACAUUAUUUUAUCAUUGUAGAUAAAGCGUUUGUCUGUCUGUUGAGCCAUCAGAGAUAAUGAUGCUUUAAUAAGUAAAUGUAUGAACUCAAACAUUGAGCUUUUGUGAUCUGAAAAUGUACUGUAUAGUAACUGUAAAUCAUAUAUAACCCUAAAUGACUUCAUAUUAAAAAAAUAUAUAUAGCCACAAGCAGAAUUAUCAGGGUCUAAGCAGUUUGGUAAAGUGGAGAAAAUCACCAUGAUUGCCAAAAUACUUUGUUGGUAUCCAGCCAACCACUGAGGUGACUGUGGCUCAGGUGGUAGAGCAGGUUGGCCCCUAAUCACAGGGUUGGCAGUUUGUUUCCCGUCCCACAUGACUCCACAUGCCAAACUGUCCUUGGGCAAGACACUGAACCCCAAGUUGCUCCCAAUGGCAGUCUGCCAUCAUUGCUGUGGGUGAUUGAGUCACAGUGUAAAGCACUUUGAAAACUGCUAAGGUUAAAAAAGCACUAUAUAAGUGCAGACCAUGUAAGAGUUUUCUGAAAAACAUAGACCAUUGGUUCGAUUCGCACAAAACUUUGCAUUUAUAAUCUAGAGACCCUUGUGACAAAAAGUUAUGAAAGGAAUUUUGAUUCAUCAAAAUCUUUUAGAAGAUUUAAGCCAAUUAAUAAUUUUUUGGCCAUGGCCCAAUUUACUUAUCAAUAUAUAACUUCUGAACUAUUUUUCUAACUCUUUGCCAUGAGGAUGAAUCAGAGGAAAAAUAAUUUUGAUUCUAGCCCAUGCUGUUGAAGAGAUAUUAGCAAAAAUGUAAAAGUGUGUGUUAUAGCGCCACCUAGGGUCGGAUGGGUGUGUGUGUGUGCGCCUAAAUGGUGGGGGGGAUUUGGGACCAUCCUACCAAAUUUGGUGUCUCUAGGACUUACAGUUUUUGCUAGGACACAAGAAGGUUCAUUUGUCUAGUCCCACAAAAUGAUGAUUUAAACAAAUAAAACACAUUAUUAAAGGAAUUAAAGUAAGUGCUUGAACAAAAAUAAGAGAUUCACAUUUGAGCUUUUCAACCCUUGAAGUGGCCCAUUUGGUUGAAUAUAUGUUCAGUAAAAAUCAACAUUAUGCCACAAAUGCUGUUGGUAGACUUUCUCUUGUACUCCGGAACAUUCCUUUAACAUGGAGUAGAUCCUACUCGAGUUACUGCAAAACAAACGUCUCUAUAUUCUGAUGUACUGUAAUUGAUUCAAUGCAAUGGAAUAUGUGCAAACUCAAUAAUGAGUGAAUGCAUUUAUUUCACAUGUGUUUGUUUCCAGCACACAUUGUUUCAGGCUGGUGGUAUUAUUUAUAUGAAAAGGAAAAGCCGUGUAUUGUAUGCGACUUAAAGACACAAACAAAAGUAGUCGCUCUCAAACGUCUAGCCAGGUAUUCUGAAGAACGGCUCUCACACUGCAGGAAGGAUAUUAAAGUCUUUCCCAGUGCAGCCCAUGAAUGACAGGAAACACGCUGGUUAUGACUUCACCAAAAGAGCUGCAGGAACCGUGCAUUUAAAGUCUAAGCCUUCAGUGUGAUUCAUGCCAUAAAGAAAACAGUUUCACAAUGAAUAAGACACCCUAUGCCUUUAGGCAUCAUACAUUAUGUCGCAGCUAACUAAUAAUACCAAUUGAAUACCAACUGGGUGUGAUACAUUUUAUUGUUGGAGCAACAUAAUCUGUAUGAAAAUAACAGAAGGUUGUUUUGAUUAAAAUUCAUUUGAUUAAUCCACACUUGAGGGCAAAA